AUGGAUCCCCAAGAUCCAGGAGACCCACCCGCCAGACGUCUACCUUGCAUCGAGAGCCACAACGGUCAUCAAGAAGGACAAGCGCCAUCAGUUGGCUACGCUGCGGCGUCUGGCACGACCCCGUCACCAGCCCAGCCAGAGAAGAGGUCCGAUGGCAAAGACCACAGAGCUGAGAAACCGAGGCAAGCUUCAUCGACACGUGGUGACUCAGCACUAGCCCGUACCACCGCACCGCCAUUGACCACCGUACUUCUGCCCGGUCAUCGACCGGAGCAGAAGCAGUUGUUGGGAAUAUGGGACGUCGAGAAGGCAAGCCCAUCAAAACACAAGCCCCCAGAGUGCUUCACAAGCUUGGAUCCUAGCUUGCGCCGGGUCCGGCAGGUUGACUCGAAGACCCCAACGUGUGUCGACGCUGCCCUACCGACGGUCUCUGGAGGCGGCGACAAGGCCAACUCCACGACGCUACUCCUAGAUGCUUUUUCCUCCUCUGUGAGAGCCGAAGCAGAGACGGCGUUGACACCGGAAGCGGAGAAGACGUCGAGAAGAAAAGCGGAACAUACCGAGCCGCCCAGACAGCGGCGACCGCUGGUAGAGCCGUCGCGGAAGACAUCGUCUGUCGUGUCAACCAGAAGGCCCUCUCAAGGUGCACCAGUCCUGAAGACCAGAGAAGGCGAGUCGACGGGAAAACUGGAAAUGACGUGCGGUCGUGACAGCGGGAAGCGACUCGGUACGUCGUCUACGGUGAAGUCGGAAGUCGAUGAUCGCGCAAGGACGUCGCUUCUACACAGCGUCUCGUCCAGGGUAGGCACGCUUCUCGGCAAGAUACUUGGAAUGUCCUCGUCCGGGCAGAUGCCAAAGCCAGAAUUUUCCCGCCUCGAAGACGCCACUGGGAUAGGUGAAUCUAGUCGGAAACGAAAGCCUCACAGCUACGUAUCGAGGCAUACAGGACGUGGCACCGGAGUUGUCAGUAAGGUUCUACCAGGAGCGAAAGAAAGCUUGCUUGUUCAACCAGCCGUGCAGAGUUCCUCCAGAAGAAGCCCUUGGAACGUCGCCAUCGAACCCGUCGCUGCGCGAGAGGAGCAGCCACGAAAGUCUCAAGGUGUCAGAGAAGGCGUGGCGACGGACCGAGAAAAAGCGCAACAAGAAACUGGCAUUUUCAAAGUUCGAUCCAUUGUUCCAGCCGACAGUACCGCGACAGAGCUUUCGUCCACUGGCUUUCCACUUGCAGAUGGUCACGGGGACGUUCAGAGACAGCGUCGUCAACGAACUCUACCACCUCCUGGCAGCAUUCAGGGCAGCAAAGCUGCGAUUCCGCACUUCCAAGCAGUGGCAGUAGUGACUACCGCUCACGAGAGUCCCGAGAGACGAGGUCACGGCAAGAAGAAAUCGAAAGAAAGAAAGCACCGUAAAGGUCAUCGGCGAGACGACGGCGACGCAACGGCAGGGAAGUCGAAGUCCUCCAGCAGCGGCAGGGGCAAGAGACAAGACCGCGAGCGAGGUCGACAGGGAGACAAGAAACCCAGCUCCCGUGCAUCCAAUGGAAGAAAGAGGAAACGCAAGAAGGACGACAAGACGGAGGACGCCGCCGAUAUUCUCGAUGAGCCGACUCAACCCACGGCUGAAUCGACGUACGAGGUCGGCAAUCAUCAGGGAUCCCGCGAGUUCAGCUUCGAGAUCGCAAUGGUGCCCUACACUCACGGCACCCUGCCUCGCCCCGAGUUGACGCGGCCCAGCAAGCACCUGUUGGGCUCCGAACAGUGGCGUGAGUCGCCGGCGAGUCGCGCCCGUGGAUACGACAGCCCGAGGUCCCCCCGCAGCGUUGAAGCCGCCUCUCCCGCGUCGCCGCCGUCCCCCGGGUCACCUACGUCUCCUUUGUCGCCUGCGUCGCCUGACAGGAGGGCGUCCCCCGCCCAUGGCGACGACACAAGUCCCCUCAUAGAUCAAGAGACGAGAUCGGAGCAAAAGGCUCGCCCCGGAAGGGACGAUUCCCCGAGUCGAACUGGGGAGUCGAAGAAAAAGGCGCACGAGAAGACGUCGCACCGGAAGUUGAUGUCGAAGCGAAGGGCAAACGAUCUCGCCAUGGAGAGCUGCACGAAGGCAAAGAAUCAUCACCGCCAGCAGAGACCAGCGCUUCUAGUCCAGCGAAAGAGUCGCACGAGAAGACAUCACACAGAAAGUCAAGGUCCAAGCGUAGCCACAAGCUCAAGUCGAAGCACGGCUCCAAACAUGGCUCGAAGCACAAGCACCAUGACUCAGAGCAUGGCUCGGAGCACCGACGCCAUGGCUCGAAGCACAGACACCAUGGCUUAG